CGGAAGCAGGCGCUACCAUUUUGAAACACGACACUGCUUAGCGCCACAAUGGACAAGAGCAACACGGUGAAGCUCUUCGUGGGCAACCUGGCUCUGGACACCACCCAGGAGGAGCUGUCGGCCAUCUUUGAGUCGUAUGGCCAGGUGGUCAGCUGCAGCGUUCUCCGACAGUUCGCCUUCGUACACCUACAGGGCGAGGGGGCUGCAGAGCGGGCCAUCAGUGAGCUGAACGGCAGGGAGUUCCGGGGGAGGAACCUGGUGGUGGAGGAGUCCCGGGGCAGACCGCUCCACUCCACCAAGGUGUUUGUGGGCAACCUGUCGGGCAUGUGCACCACUGAGGAUCUCCAGGAGCUCUUCCAGACCUUCGGCAAAGUACUGGAGUGCGACAAGGUCAAAGCCAGGCUCUCCUCUUCUGCAGGAUACGCCUUUGUGCACAUGGAGAAUAAGGAGGAGGCUCUACAGGCCAUCGAGGCCCUCCACGGCACCUCCUUCAAGGGACGCCCUCUCUCCGUGGAGCUCUCCAAGGUACAGCCUUCUAAGCAAACCCCCACUGGGAAGAUCCCUUGUGUGAGCUGUGGGAAGCAGGGCCACUACGCUGGGGAGUGCCCUGUAGGGAAGCCCUCUCUGGAACAGUACCAGAGCCAGGCAGCCGUGUUAGCUGCAGCCGCCGCCGCCGCAGCCGGCCUCCCCCUUCAGGUCCAGCAGAGUGUCCACAACUCUGUCUACAACACCUCAACCUUUGACCCCACAUACGCUGCGCUGACGGGCCACACCACCGGCACGCGGACGGACGGCAACCCCGUCAACCAGGCAGUGUACGGUGCCCUGGCGACGCAGGUGUACGGCGCCAACGUGGCCAAUCAGCUCUACGGAGUCCAGGCAGCAAAUCAGGCGGCAGCGUUGACGCAGGCGGGCGCCACGCAGGUGUAUGCCAGGUCCAUGAACCCCAGCCACGCCGCCCUCUACAGUCAGCUCAGUCAGAUCGCUGCCAGCCCCGCCGCUGCCUACUCCACACCCGUCUACGCGCAUGCCAUGGCCAACCACCACCACCACCCAGGGGCCGUCUACCUGGCAGCCCCUGGCGUAGAGAUGCCUACGACCGCUGCUGCCAUCAACCAGGCCUAUGCCUUGGCACCGGCGCUCUAUGGGGGUGCCCAGCAUGCCUACGGUCACAUGGGGAUGGGAGCCAUGAGCGUGUCGGCGGACCCGUCGGCUGCCAUUUUUGAGGCAGCGAGGGUGCAGCACUACUUCGCCCAGGGACAGCAGGUUCUGGCCGAGCAGCAGAAUGCGGCGGCGGCCCAAGCGGCAAAGUCCGGGGAAAGGGACCGGAGUCCCCUGAGGCGCUCGGCGGGGUCCCUGCUGCCCGACCCUGUCAUGAAGCCCUUCAUGUACCAGAGAGCGCCCAAGCAACGCCGGCCGCUGCUCCCCACCCCCGCUGGGCGAGCUGCAGAGGAGGAAGCGGAGGCUGCGGAGGACCCCAUGACUAGAGAGCAGUACCAACAGUAUGCUGAGUACUACCAACAACAGCACCAACAGUACCAGCAGCUCCAGCAGUUACAGUACUAUGCAGAGUAUUACCAGCAGUACCAGCAGUACCAGCAACUCCAACAGUACCAGCAACUACAACAGCUCCAGUAUGCCUACCCACCUCCCAACCACCACGCCAUCCCUGCCCACGCCAUUGCGGGCCACGCCCACCACCACGGCCAGCCCGGUCACGUCACGGCGCUGGACGCCGCCCUCAGGCCAGUGGUGCCCGCCUCCGCUAUGGUGGCAGUGCCCAGAGUGUAUGAGUCGCCGCUGCCGCCGCCACCGAACCGCAAGGAGGCCGUCCUCCGCCGAGCCCCCGAAAUCUCCCUUCACACGCCUGAGCCCCCCUUCCGAUAGUCCACACCUCCCUCGCACACACCUCCUCUGCCCCCCCACCCCACCGCACACAACCCGUAUACCACCCUCGUACCCUUCCUUUCUCUCAGCGGCUGUGUGUAUCUGUGUGUGGGGGUAUAUAUAUCUGUGUGUAGGGGUAUAUAUAUCUGUGUGUGUGUGUCUCUGGAUGUGUAUCUGUGUGAGAAUUAGUGUUUUGUGUGUGGAGUUGGUUUGGUAUUAGUUUUUACUGUAGUCAAUGGAUAAACACCCAAGCAUCUAAACCCCAACCGUGGUCCUGAUACCACACACACAGUGCAGUGAAAGAGGGGGAAGUUGCUCUUAUCCGCCACAUACCGUUGGCUUUUUUUGGUAGGGAUUUCUAUUGCUUUUUAAAGUGUAAGAAAUAGACUGAGGACCGUCAUACAUUUUCAUUGCCUUCAAGAGUGAUUUGCAGUGUAAAGGCCAAAAUAUGAUGGUUCUCGAGGAUUCAACGAAUUAGCUAAUCUCUCCACUAGUUCAACAGAAAUAUUUCUAGCUUUUAUUUUAACUAUAUGAAUGUAUUGAAACUGCACUGUGGUUUGUUGUGAAGGUCCAGGGUUGGAGGGGUCUGUGUGUCUUGCAUGCGCCGGGACUGGUGUGAGAGAGAGAGAUGUUGGCUUUCUGUUUCAAUGUAAUUCACACUGUCCGGCUCCCUCACUAGCGCAACCCUGGGGGUAUCGAGGGCACAGACCACAGCCACACUAGUAUUUAAGAACUACACUCUACCUACCCAGCCUCAUCCCUCCGUCGCCCCGCUGCAACCAGAACCCUGAAAGACACUGCUGCAUUUCUGCCCUCCUUUUACUCUAUCUAUACCUUAGCCUGGUUAAACCAGAUUGAAUGCUGUGCUCACCACUGAAACAAUGGAGGAUUCAACAUUGUCAGGUUUCACCAGGCUAUCUAUACAAUGAGAUAGGAUUGAGAUUAGCUGGUUAGAAUAUGAAUUGUGUGCUUUCUAUCCAUCCAGUUAUAUCAAUUGGUGUCAGUUGCAAGGUUGGGAUCCAUUCCAUUUGAAUUCAAUUCAGUCAAUUUACCUUCUGAAAUAGAAUGGACCCCAACCCUGGUCAGGAGUUUGGAGAAGAACGCCACAUUUUAGUGACAAAGAUGAUGUACUAUACUAAUAGUGUCUUGCUGCAUCAGUGUAUUUUGAGGCCUUUUGAAGUAUGUUUAAGUUUUUUUGUAAGUGGUUGUGCGGUCGACGAGUACAUUCUAACCCCUCAGAUCAUUUAUGUACGAGCUGUUUGAUGGAUUUAUAAGCAAGUCAACUUUUUAGACUUUUUAGCUAGAGAACCGUGAGUUUCGAUGAGCUUAACGUUGUGCCUAAGCGUUGCGUGAAGUGCAUUUAGUGGAGGGAAUAACUCCUUUUUUUGAAGUGCUUUUUUUCUAAUGGCAGUCUUCUAAUUUUUUAAAAUCUGAGGUGGAGGGUAAAGGGUUAUUAAGAUAAUGUGACGUGAUCAUUUUUUUUUUUUUUUGUGGUGCGGUGACGUUCGCACCAAUGGCAUGAUGACAGAUGGAGCAGUAUCUUUCAGUGGCCCGCCCCCGACGUGUCCUUGCGCCCCAUUGUAAGACCACUCACUACCCCCGUACCCCACUGUCCUUUCUCCUUGUGGUUGUAGUUAUAUAGCUUUUUAUAUUGCAUAUUCUCUCUCCGUCUCUCAUAUACACACACACACACACACACGGUUGCAUCUCCUGUGAAAUCUCGAUAGUCACAAAAAAAAUAUUUUUUAGUCUUAUUGCUUGCCUUGUGUCUGACCAUAUUUUUUAUUUUGCCUUUUUCAAAAAAAAACAAAUAAACAAUUAAACCGG